AUGGCCACUACCAAGCGUGUGCUGUACGUGGGUGGACUUGCAGAGGAGGUAGACGACAAAGUUCUUCAUGCUGCUUUUAUCCCUUUUGGAGACAUCACAGAUAUUCAGAUUCCUCUGGAUUAUGAAACCGAAAAGCACCGAGGAUUUGCUUUUGUUGAAUUUGAGUUGGCAGAGGAUGCUGCAGCAGCCAUCGACAACAUGAAUGAAUCUGAGCUCUUUGGGCGGACAAUUCGAGUCAAUUUGGCCAAACCAAUGAGGAUUAAGGAAGGCUCUUCCAGACCAGUUUGGUCAGAUGAUGACUGGUUGAAGAAGUUCUCUGGGAAGACUCUGGAAGAGAAUAAAGAGGAAGAGGGGUCGGAGCCCCCCAAAGCAGAAGCUCAGGAGGGAGAGCCCACUGCCAAAAAGGCCCGGUCAAACCCUCAGGUGUACAUGGACAUCAAGAUUGGGAACAAGCCGGCCGGCCGCAUCCAGAUCCUCCUGCGCUCAGACGUCGUUCCCAUGACGGCAGAGAAUUUCCGUUGCCUGUGCACCCACGAGAAGGGCUUUGGCUUCAAGGGGAGCAGCUUCCACCGCAUCAUCCCCCAGUUCAUGUGCCAGGGCGGCGAUUUCACCAACCACAACGGCACCGGGGGCAAGUCCAUCUACGGGAGGAAGUUCGAUGAUGAGAACUUCAUCCUCAAGCACACGGGACCAGGCCUGCUGUCCAUGGCCAACUCCGGCCCAAACACCAACGGCUCCCAGUUCUUCCUGACGUGCGACAAGACGGACUGGCUGGACGGCAAGCACGUGGUGUUCGGGGAGGUCACGGAAGGCCUGGACGUCCUGCGGCAGAUCGAGGCGCAGGGCAGCAAGGACGGGAAGCCGAAGGAGAAGGUGAUCAUCUCCGACUGUGGGGAGUACGUGUGA